AUGCGCGCCAAAUUCUUCGAGACAUGCGAUGUCGUUAGUGUUACGCAAAUCGCGAGGUCGACAAUGGAAAGUCCAGACGAUGUGGAGAUGUACCAAAUAAUCGACACUAGUCUUGUUUGUCCGGCCAAGAGAGAAAGCGAGCAUCAGAGACCCAUGGCUCGCCACCGUACAGAGACAUCGGAUAAGAUGACUUUUGAGCCUUCACCCUUGGAAAGCAGAAAAUUCUUUAUCCGAGCUCCCAGCCUUGAAUACUCGCUCAACGGUUCCAUCAAGAUUGGCAACGUCAUCACCGACAUAUUUCUUCCUCAAGACCCCAUUGCGAAACUCCAGCCUCUCGCGGAGAUCAUCACUAUGACAAGCUCGAGCGAAGGCACACGAAAGCGUGGCGAUCAUAGCGACGCAUCCGCCAAACUCUAUGCAGCAUUUGGCAGUCAGGCAAAAGGGAAACACAGCGCGGAUAUCAGAACAGAGUAUGACUUCGACAAUGUUGACACAUUGAUGCUGGAGAGAAAUCCACGGGCGGCGGAUGUGACCGCACUAUGCGGUGAGGAUCCCGAAGUACAAGAUGCACUCAGGAGAGGACCUAUUUACUUCAUCACUGGCCUGAAAGUUGCAAGAGGUCUGAGAUAUUCUACCAUACAACUCAAAGAAAGCGAAGUCGGUCUGGGCACGCAAGGCAACGUGACUAACGAGGUUGCAAUCCAAGCCAACCUGGACAUGAACGCCGGUACAGAUGGCGCCGAGUCGCACACUGUGCUCGGUGAUGUCAUUCUAGCCUAUCGGCUGCAUAUCGUUAAGAAAGAGGGUUGGAGAUGGAGAGGCGAAGCCGCAUUGGGGACCAGGGCAUAUUGGCCCGGCAACGCAGGAUUCUUGGGCAGAGAAGAGAUGAGACCGGAAGGUGAAGUGGAGACAAAAUCGCUGUCGGCGCAAGAUCUGAAGCACUUUGCUGAAGAUGAGGGAUAUGAGACCGGAAGCAUCUUAAUGACAGAUGAUGAGGAAGCGUGGUCAAUGGCAUGUGUCGAGGAUUAG